AUGUCAUCAGAUCAGAACAAUAACGAAUAUAACGACUCUCAGCCUGGUUCACCCAAACAACCAGGAUCCGAGCAUUCUCAGCAUGAUCCAGAUAUAAACGAGCACGUCGAUGAAAAUGACAGAAGCGCAACCGCUGGCCAAAAGGAGAACGAAAAUGAUGGUAAUGUCGUAGAAGAAGAUGAAAUUCAAGAUGAGGAGAAGGGAGACAAAGCAGGAAAUGACGAAAAGACCGAACAAUAUAAUAAUGAUGAUGACAAGCAGGACGACGACGAAGAUGAAGACAAGGCAAAUGAUGGUGUUCGAGACAAUGAACGUAGAACCUCGCCGAAAUCUGAGAGCGAAGACAAAGUCGAAUCCAAACCUGCUACUUCGCCUAAUGCUACUGAAGCAUCUUCUGAUUCCAAAAAUCCUAUCGUCAACGAGAAGGAGUCUCCAGAUGACAAUCAGUCACCCAAUGACAUGGACAAUAACCAUGGCGAUGAUGCACAAUCUCAGACUCGUGAAGGAUCUGAAAGACACGCCGAUUACCCGGACAGAGAAGAGAAAUUGAACCAAUUCUCCCAUUCCAAACCCUCUGAUUUUCCUUUAGAUGAACGUGAAGAGGAAUUGAAACGAGUCGUUAACCGUAAACCCGGUUCAAGAGAAUUACAACAGAAAGGUCAAGGUAGACCACAAACCGCUCCCACGACAGAGUAUGAUAGACAAGGUAAUCAAGGAAAGGAUGAAGACGACAGUGGAGGAGGAGGUUUAGGUGGGGUUGGAAAUUUGGGUGGUGUUUCGAAGCAACUUGGGAAUGCAGGUGGUCUCACCGAUCAAUUAGGUCCAGUAGGUGAUGUAGGUGGACAAGUAGGAGAUCAAGUAGGAGGGGUUGCUGGACAACUGGGAGACCAGGUUGGUAGCGUUGCUGGCGAAUUGGGAGGUACAGCUGGUCAACUAGGUUCUCAAGUUGGUGAUACAGCUAAAGGACUAGGGGAUACAGCAGGUGGAAUAGGAUCUCAAUUAGGUCAAACUACCCAAGGGCUAGGAGAUACAGUAGGAGGUAUAUCAAAUGGUUUGACAGAUACUUCUAAACAACUUACAAAAUCGUUAAGUAACGUAGGUGAUAAUGCGUUAAAACCAUUGAAAGAUAAAGGCGGUUUACUAGGCGGUAAAAAAGGUGGUUUGUUGGGAGGAAGUAAAGAUAGGGAAGGUGGGGAAGAAGAAGACAACGAAAAAGGAGCUUUGAAAAUUAGGAUUCAACUUGAUUUAGAUGUUGAAGUACAUCUAAGUGCGAGAAUCAAAGGUGAUAUCACUAUUGGUUUAUUGUGA